UCUGGCGGCGGCUGAGCGGAGCGCAGCGGGAUGAGUGGCGCUGCUCUGGGCAUCGAGAUCGUGGUGGUGUUUUUCCUGGCGCUGUUCCUGCUGCACCGAUAUGGAGACUUCAGGAAGCAGCAGCGCAUGGUGCUGUUCGGCACGCUGCUGGCCUGGUACCUGUGCUUCCUCAUCGUCUUCAUCUUACCUCUGGACGUCAGCACGACCAUCUACAAGCAGUGUAAGAUAGACCAUGAGGAGCACGCCUCUGUUCCCACCUCCUACUCCAAUCACACGGCAGCUAACACAUCUGUCACACCCACCAAAAGUGUCCCGAAGCCCUGCUACAAGCCGUGGAGCUACAUCCCUGAUGGGAUCAUGCCGGUGUUCUGGAGGGUGGUGUACUGGACGUCCCAGUGUCUCACAUGGCUGCUGCUGCCCUUCAUGCAGUCCUACGCCCGCUCCGGAGGCUUCUCCAUCACGGGGAAAAUAAAAACGGCUCUGAUAGAAAAUGCUAUUUAUUACGGGACCUACCUGCUCAUCUUCGGCUCCCUACUCAUUUACGUGGCUGUUCAUCCUCAGUGGCACCUGUCCUGGUACGAGCUGCAGACCAUCGGGAUCACAGCAGCUAACACCUGGGGUCUGUUCCUGCUGGUGCUGCUGCUCGGCUACGGCUUGGUGGAGAUCCCUCGCUCCUACUGGAACGCCUCACGGCACGGACACUUGCUCAUCAAGACAUAUUUCAAGGCGUCCAAGCUGAUGACGGAGAAGGCGGACGCAGAGGAGAACCUGGAGGACGUCAUGGAGGAGGUGAGAAAAGUCAGUGAAUCCAUCAAGUAUAACCAUCCGCUGAGGAAGUACAUCGAUACCAUUCUGAGAAAGUGUCCCGUGGAUUACCAAGAGAAGAUGGGCAGGAACAUGGACGACUACGAGGAUUUUGACGACAAACAGAACACUUAUCCCAGUGAGAAGAGCCUGGUGAAGCUCCAUAAACAGGUGAUCUACGCGGUUCAGAGGCACAACAGGACUCGUGUCCAGUGGCAGAUCCUUCUGCAGCAGGCCAUCCACCUGGAGGACGUCGCCAAGAAUGAGACCAGCUCAGCGCACCAGUUUGUCCACAGCUUCCCGUCCUCUGAGCCGGCCGGCUGGUUCAGCAGAUACGUGUACACGCCGACUGCUGAGUGGUACUGGGAGUGCUUCCUGAAGUGCUGGUUCUACCGGCUGCUGUCGGUGGUCCUGACCCUGUUCAGCGUGGCCGUGGUCUGGUCCGAGUGCACCUUCUUCAGCACCCGCCCCGUCCUCUCUCUGUUCGCUGUGUUCAUCCAGCUGGCCGAGAGAGACUACAACUACCUGUACAUCGAGAUGGCGUGCUUCGUCACUAUCUUCUUCCUGUGUACCUGCGUUUACUCCACUGUGUUCCGCAUUCGGGUCUUCAACUACUACUACCUGGCCUCCCAUCACCAGACUGACGCCUACAGCCUCCAGUUCAGCGGCAUGUUGUUCUGUCGUCUGACGCCUCCUCUGUGUCUCAACUUCCUGGGUUUGAUCCACAUGGACUCGGCCAUCUCUCACCAGCAGAAGGAGCAGACGGCCUACACCUCUAUCAUGGGGUCGAUGCGUGUCCUCUCUUUUAUCGCUAACGGCUUCUACAUCUACUACCCCAUGCUGAUAGUCAUCCUCUGUAUCGCCACCUACUUCAGAGGUCUGUGUGACCGGACCACCGAUUUACGUCAGGACGCUACGGGCCUCCACCACAGUUUCCUCUGGCUUUGCCCUCGCACGCGCUCACGCUCCACCUCCCUGACGGUGCGGGUGAGACGGGCCGGUGGUGCGCCCGACCCUGAUGGACCGGGAUCCCACCUCGCUGGCCCCCACUUUAAUUGA